AUGGCCGCAGAGAUUGGUGAUAAAACAUGGGAAGCAUUUUUACACCAGCACAACUCUCUCCUGAUCCUGCUCGACUCCCACGCUUCGUUAUUAGCAGAAAUGCGAAAAUUUUGUGUCGACAACAGUGCCACCCUGGACCUGGUGCAAACGCGCCUACUCACCACCGAGAGCCUGAUCGCAACGUUCAAAUUAUCUACCGAGUCAUUGGCAGAAAUCACCAAAGGUGAAGAGCAGAACAUUAAGGAGGACACGAGAGCACCUGAAGCGGAAUUACCCACCGUCCCAAUGCCUUCGACAACAGCUAAAUCGGAUGCUCACCUAGCCACCGAGCCAUUGCUGGAUCCCAGCGGCCUUUUCACCGUCGACACGAAUCCUACCCCAGUCGAUCAGCUAUACAAAGGGAAGCCUGUUAUCGCGGUGAAAGCCAAGGACCGUCCCAAGCGGAAAGCUUCUGGGCAGCAGCCAGAUUCAGGCCUUGUCUCUCAAAACGAGCCCCUGCCAAAGCGAUCAAAAAAGGGUCAUGAGCAAGAGGGACGGGUCCCCCAGGAGGAGGACGACUCAUUUUUGAAAAGAGUCGAGGCAAGAUCACGCGCGAAAGAAGAACGCAAAAAGGCGAGGUUAGACAAGAAACGCAAGAGACAGAGCGGUGAUUCGACCGGGAGCGCCAAAGGUCCCAUAAAGAAGAAGCAGAAAGAAAAGCACGAACCCAAAUUAGCUACAGCGGCCACCCCAGUUGACCAAGAGACGCGCAAUGGGAAGAGGCCGCACACUGAGCCAAAUAACGACGGCACAAACGCACACUCGAGCAAGAAGAAACGCCGAGGGUCAAAGCAUUGA